UUGGAAUUUGAAUCUCCGGCGCGAACGACGCUGCCAGGAAGCCUGGAACCCUGGGUCAGGCAUGGAGAGCCCAGACUCGGUCUCGCGCUGCCCGGUGCGACAGCAGCGUGCUCGUUGGGAACGGAAACGUGUCUGCACCGCUCGGGAGCUGCUGGAGACCGAGCGGCGCUACCAGGAGCAACUGGGGCUGGUGGCCACGUACUUCCUGGGAAUCCUGAAAGCCAAGGGGACACUACGACCACCAGAGCGCCAGACUCUGUUUGGGACCUGGGAGCGCAUCUAUGCUGCUAGCCUAGAGCUGCUUCCCUACUUGGAAGAGGGACACUGGGGGCCGGGACUAGAGGGCUUCUGCUCGCACCUGGAGCUCUACACCCAGUUUGCUGCCAAUGCUCAGAGUGCCCAGACCACCCUUCGGGAGCUGCUAAAGAAGAAUAAACGUUUUCGGAGGUUUGUGCAGCUUCAGGAAGGCCGCCCUGAAUUUAGGGGUCUUAAGCUUCAGGACCUGCUCCCUCUGCCUCUGCAGCGACUCCAGCAGUAUGAGAAUCUCGUGGUGGCUUUGGCUGAAAACACAGUUCCCAACAGCCCUGACUGCCAGCAGCUCACACGGGCUGCCCGCCGGGUGACUGAGACUGCCCAGAGAGUCCAUGCCAUUGGCCAGACCCAGAAGAAUGACCAGCACCUCCUGCGUGUCCAGGCUCUCCUCAGUGGACGCAAGGCAAAAGGGCUCACUUCAGGACGAUGGUUCCUACGGCAGGGCUGGCUUUUAGUGGUGCCUCCCACCGGGGAGCCUCGGCCCCGCAUGUUCUUCCUCUUCUCUGAUGUGCUCCUCAUGACCAAGCCUCGACCCCCAUUGCACCUGCUCAAGAGUGGCACCUUUGUCUGCAAAGCCCUGUACCCUAUGUCCCAGUGCCAGCUUAACAGGGUCUUUGGCCACUCGGGAGGAACUUGUGGAGGUUUGCUCAGUCUGUCCUUCCCUGAUGAGAAGCUACUGCUUAUGUCCACUGACCACGAGGAGAUGUCACAAUGGUACCACAGCCUGGCUGUGGCUAUCAGAAGCCAGAAGAGCUAGAUUCACAGACAUGUCCGACCUUCCUGCAACAUGACACCGUCAUCUACAAAUGUGCUGGGCCACAUUCUUGGCUAUCCUGGGAUAUAUGUGGCAGUUGGGCAUGCCCGAAGAGAAUUGUAAAAUUCCAGAACUUGGUAUACUCAGGGAUAGGGCAGAGCCAAGAACAAAAGGGAAUCUAUUUCAGCUCUGGAACCAGAACCCUCCAUGGGUUGACACAGACCAUUUAACUAGCUUAUCAGAAAGCAAGCUGUGGAUGGCGGCGCAUGACUUUAAUCCUUACGCUUAAAAGGCAGAGGCAGGCUGAUCUCUGCGUUCGAGGCCAGCCUUAUGUACAGAGCGAAUUCUAGGACAUUCAGGGCUACACGGAGAAACCCUGUCUUGUUUUAAAAACAAAACAAGAAUCAGAAAGCAGGCUUCAACCUAGCUGAGCCCCAACUGACUCAGCUCCUUUAACACCAAGCCACUGGGUUUAUUCAAUUUGCGGCUUUGUAAAGGAGGCCAUUUUUGUUAUCUGUGGUUUCUUGUUUUAUUUUUGAGGCAGGGUCUUACUAUGUGAUCCAGGCUGCCUAUGCACUUGAAUUCCUCCUGCCUCAGCCUUUCAGUGUUGGGUUUACAGGUGUAUGCUGCCACACCUGGUUACUGUAUAUAGUGUCUUUUCUUGAGACAAGGUUUCAUGUAGCCCAGGCUGGCCUUGGACUCCAGAUCUUCCUGAACUACCUCUUAUGUUCUAUAAUUUAUUUCCCCACUGGAUUUUAAUACAGUGCUACUUUGUUUUAAUAAAGUGCUGUUUUGUUGUA